AUGCCGGAUUCUGCCUGGGGAGAGGAACAACAGGUGAAGCCUAAGACACCGGUGUGGUGCCGGCUAAAGCGAUCGACGCGUGCCCUAAUAGGUUCUGGCGAGAGUUCCAACGGGAUCUAUCAGAAUCGAUCGAAUGUGUUAACUGGUCGCUCGACAUCGUCUGCCGGAGAUUGGUGUCUUUUGUCAGUUUGUAGGCACUCCAUCGAUUUGACCAGUAUGAACCGGUGGAGCAUGCUGAUCGAAGUUUCGGCAUGGCUCACAGAGUUUGUCCGGGCUGUGUAG